AUGUCCCUCAUCUCUAUCUCAGCCUGCACUCUUCUAAACGCCGUCGUGAUCGUUCCCUUCUUCAUACAGUUUGCAUUUAUAGAGGAGGACGUUCAAUCGCUGGCGGCAUCCGCUUCGCAGUUGGCUGGAUUAUUCAUAGGAGGGGCCAAGUAUUUAUGUAUGUUGCAUCGCAAGAAAGAUGUCUGCAAAUACAUCGAGAGGAUUUCCGAAGAUUGGAGGAAUGUUCGCACGGAUUCGGACCGCGAGAUCAUGCUCCGAAGCUCGAGAUUUUGCCAAAAAUUGACCCGGACGUGUAUGAUCAUCAUGUUAACUAGUUGUAUUGGCUUCGCAUCCAUGGUCCCCGUAGUGUCAGGAGAUCUUCUGUCCCAUAAUAUCACCACGAGGAAGCCGGCGAUGCCUUGCUAUUACUACGUCUUCGAUGUUCGCUAUUCGCCGAAUUAUGAAAUUGUUUAUGUUGCCCAAGUUAUGUGCAUAGCUCUGUCGGCUACCUUUUACGUGAUUGCUUGUGGACUCGCUGCCAAAUUCGUUUAUCACAUCUGUGGUCAGUGCCGGAUAGUGGAAUCACUUUUUGAGAAUCUUAUCGAUGGAGACGAGGAACACCAUCUGAGCUUGAACGAGAGAUGGUCUUACGCUAUCGAAGCUCACUUACGGGUAUUAAGAUUUGUAAAGGACGUGGUGUCGGUACUAAGAGGAGUAUGUCUCUCGGAACUGUUAGGAUCUAGCACAGUCGCUUGCUUGAUUGGGCUUGAUGUGAUAUUGAAUCUGCAAGAAAAUAAUAUAGGACGUUGCAUCAUAUUUAUCCUCGUAUAUAUCUCCUUUAUCCUGAAUCUAUUUGUAUAUUGUUUCAUCAGUGAACAGCUUACCCACCAGUGUGCAAUGAUUGGAGAAGCGACGUACGAGAUCGAGUGGUACCGUCUACCGUCAAAAAAGGCGUCAGAAAUCGUUUUAAUACUUGCCGUCUGCAACAUUCCCGUCAAACUGACCGCUGGAAAGAUAUCCGAGCUGUCCAUGAAUGUCUUUUGUGAUGUGUUUAAGGCUACCCUAGUGUAUUUAAAUGUGCUUCGAGAACUCACGUUGUAAACGCUUGGGAUUUCAACCAUAAGGAUUAGCGAAUGACGU